AUGACUACUAAGGAAGAGACAAGGGCUCUGCAUACACCACCAAUGUCAAAUACUAAAUUCGAUACUACACAGUCCAUUAAGGAGUCAUAUAGGCCUCAGUCGGGUGUUACGCAGGAAGAUUCGAAUGAAGGCCAAGGUAACGGUAAUAGUGGUAGUCAAAGCCACUGUCAUAACCAUGUUGAGUUGAGCAAAGAGGACAUAGAUCGGGAGGUCAACAGUAUAGAACAGUUACCUGUAGAACUUUCCAAAUUGAUCGAUCUGUUCAUCAACGAUUUGAAACAACCCAAAUAUGUCAAACCCUUAACUAUUAUACAACUGUCCUCACUAUUUCAGAAUUUCUACAUCAAGUUUGAUAAGGCUUCAUUUCAGUACUUGAGUACAAGUCACAGUAAUAGUAACGGUACUAGCAAUGGCAACGGUGGGAAUAAUAACAACGGUAACACAGACACUAAUAACAGUAAUAAUGUCAAUGGGAAUAAUAAUAACUUAAAUGGAAACGGAAAUGGAAAUGGAAACAGUAAUGAUAGUCAACCAGCAUUUUUAGUAGCAAGAGAAACUUUAAGUAGUGGAUUAAGCGGGAUAUUUGCAAGAAGUAGAAGUGGUAGUGGCAGUUCUUUGAGAAGGGGUAGAAGAUCAUCAUCAUUAUUUAGUGUGGAUUCUAAUAAUGUACAACCACUCUUAUCACCAGAGGAAAUCCAGAAACAAUUAAGAACUAACGAAUUGAACAAUUAUAAGAUUGAUAAAUUUAUGUCAUUAUGCGAAAGGGAAGUGUUCAGAAGAAUUUUAGAGGUUGGCACAUCGGUUGCAAGCCCUUCCAAAGAGGAAUUGGUCACUAGAUCCAACCAUCAAAAGAAAACUUUUAACGUUUCCAGUUUAUUUAGAAACAGCCCUGAAUUUAUCGAAUUCGACAAAGUAUUAUACGAAAAAUUGCAUGCAUUAUCCACUAUGGCUACUCAAAAUAAAAUUGAUCUGGUGGAAUUUUUAAGGUUACCAAUAGGUAAAAAUCCUGACUUAGAAAGUCAAGAGGGAUUCGAUGGAGCCAAAGAAUUAUUAACCAAUUUGGUCUCACAUACAAUUGCUCCUUGUGAAAAAAUUGCGGUUAUCCUGAAAAUCCAUGAAUCAAUGAUGUUUUCACAGGAAAUGUGUAAUGAUGAUUUUCUAUCCAUGUUGGUUUACUAUAUCAUCAAAGUUUGCCCCAAGAACAUUUUCCUAAAUGCACAAUUCAUUAAGCUGUUCAGAAAUAAAAAGAAAUUGGUUCAACAAGAGAUGUAUGCAUUAACUAAUUUCGAGGCAGCAUUAGUAUUCGUGGAAGGUUUGACUUUUACCGAUUUCAUACCAAGUUCACAGGAAAAAUUGACUAAUUCUGAGAAGGACAUCUUACAAACGCCAGUCAGUAACAAAAUAAGUUUACCGAGUCCAUUGAAAAAUAGCGGAGCUGUUAAUGUGGACGUUACAUUGCAUGAAACACACCCUGAAGCCAUGAGAUCAAAUUCCUAUGAUGGAUUUAAAUAUGCAUUUGACACUUCGUUGAAAAACAUCUUUGGUAAGAUAAGAUCAUACACACCGCCGGUACAGCCGAUUAAUUUACCUAGAAGCAGUUCAACUCUAUCGCUAGAGGCAGAUAAAAAAAUAUCAACCAGCCCCACAAGGGCUGCUGUCGGUUCACAACCGGUAACAGCAACACCAUCAUCGUCAACAACAACGACAGCGACAGCGACAGCGACACAAUUACCUGAAGUUUGGAAAAAAUAUAAGGAUCGUAAAUUUGAGGAUUUAAAAGUGUCAGAUAUGAAGGAAAUUUUUGAAAUUUAUCAAAAACUUAUGGGCUAG